AUGGCCCAGCCUCAUGACACCGCCAGCCAACAUGACCCUCAGGAUAUCGAAGAACUACCUUCUUCGGUCAAUAUAUAUCACUACAACAGUAUGGACGACUUUUGCCGAGUCAUAUCACUUGAGCGUAAUCGUCUCUAUUGCUCUCUCCCCACCGCACAGGGAAAUGACGAAGGACCCCAGGACAAUCUAAUUAGACUGCCACAGACGGAAGGCACCCAGAGCGAUCACAUUAUCUUCAUCGUUCACCCUGUAACUUUUGCACAAGACUUCUUUUAUUCAUCAGCAGAUCUUCCUUUUCACGACAGGAUAUCCUUCAAUCCAAAAAAUCACCUCCUUGUCGUGAAGAUGCCUGUACCAGCGCACGAGCAAGCCGCAGCGGAAUUUGGCCAUACGCUCAUAUCAGCCCUCCAGGAAAGAGGCUUACAAAAAGCGGUUUUCUCAUGGGGAUCCACGACACUGACUGAUGAAAAUGGCACAAGGAAGGAAGCAGACGGGGGAUGGGGUCCACGAAGACCUCCCCACGGAGCUCCUAAGAGACCCUCGGUAGUUCUAGAAGUCGCAUCAUCAGAGACUCCUGCCAAACUUCGCCGCGACGCCCACUACUGGGUAGAUCCAGCAAAAGGGCAGGCCAACAUAGCUUUUACAGUCAAGGUCCAUAACAAAAUUCCCCAAAUCACUAUCCAGCGGUGGGAGUGGAACUCAGAGGUCUCCAGACCUAUCAGAAAAACAGACCUCACCAUCACAAAAUCGAGAUCCGACGGCAAAGUCCACUUCAAUCCCGGCCAGCCCACACCACAGCUCCUCAUACCCUUUCACCUUCUAUUCCGACGGCCAGCGGAGAAUCACAGGGAACGUGACAUAGUGUUUGGGACACAGGACCUCGUCGAGCUCGCAACCUUGGUGUGGGACAUGCAAUUCCAGAAGGAGCAAGAAUGA